AUGUCUCUACCUGAGAACACAACGGUGCUUAUUAUCGGUACAGGGCCCGCUGGUCUCACAGCUGCUCUUUCUCUCGUCUACCGCGGGUGUCACGACUUCGUUAUUGCCGAUGCCGCAGUCGAAGGACAAAAUGCAUCACGGGCUUAUUCCAUAAACUCUGCAACCGUCGAGGCAUUAGCCAGCAUCGAUGCAGCAGACGGCUUACUGUCUCAAGCCAUCAAGGCGAAGAGUAUUAGAAUCGCAUCCCGGGGUUCAGAGAUAUUUGAGGCCAAAUUCGGUCCUCUAAAAAAAUAUUCUGCCCACCCUUACCCACUCAUUACCCCUCAAAAUGUGACGGAACUUGUGCUUGGGCAGAAGCUGCAGAGCCUUGGGGUUCAAGUGCAGCGUCCACACAGGGUGGUUGGAAUGAAACAGAACGAGAAGCAUGCCCGCAUUACCGACGUCUCCUUUGACGACGGUCAAGUCAUCAGAGCUAGAUACAUCAUGAUCCGUACCAUUUCUGGGAUUGGGUUCUCUGAUCCAGAAGGCCCAAAUCUAGUCAGUGAUGUACUCUCUCAAAUGGUCGCUGCAGAUGUUACAUUCGAGCCCGAGCCUACCGGCCCACCAACCCUCGAGGGCCACCUUAAUGGCACGGUUUUCUCAGACAGCUUCUUCAUGCUUAUACCAUUCGGCAACCGCUUCAAUGCGGAGCUGACGCGAAAUGGAAAGCCCACCACGAAAUCUGUCUUCCGUGUAAGUUGCGCCAUACCGGUGAAGAACGGAGAGCCACCCCAUGCGCCACCGAAGGAGUACAUUCAGGACAUGAUCGACACAUACGGUCCAGCAUGUAUAACAUCGGAUCCUUCUCUUAACCAGACACCUGUUAAGAUCGACCAGCUGGUCUGGUCCACACGUUUCAGAACUCAUUCAGCGAUCGCUGACCGCACCUUUACGCGUCUUGGCGCUGCCAUUUUCCUAGUCGGUGACGCAGCACAUGUACAUUCACCUGCAGGUGGCCAGGGCAUGAACCUGGCUAUCAGGGACGCGAUCUUCCUUGGAGAGGCUAUCACAAAGCACAUUCAGGCCUGUGCAGAAGACCCCGAUGUGGAUGAUACCAUUUUGCAGGAAAUUGCGGAAGCGCGUCACGCGCGAGCGCUGGAAACCAUCGGCUUCACCAAGAGACUUUUGAAACUCGCAAGCCUUGGGUAUGAUCCAUAUGCUUGGUGGAUGCCGUUCAGUUGGGCCUCUAUCCGCGACCUGACGCUAAGGGUAUUGGGCAAAUUUGAUUUCGUGCAGUUGAAGGUUGCAUGGGGCAUGAGUGGGCUUGGACGACACUGA